GAAUUUUUGUUGUUUUAUAAAAUGAAUCUGUCAAAAUGCACUUUGUUGAAAUAGGUUCAGCCCCGUUAUGAUUCAGGCAAGAUAUAAACAUAGACCAAGAAAUAAAUUUCAAUGAGUUCAAAUGAUGUCCAAACUACAGCUUCAGAAACAGCAACCCUGUCUAGUCGUGGAUACAAACUAUUGAAAAAAAUGGGAGAAGGUUCAUAUGCAAAAGUUUAUUUGUCUGAAUAUAUACCCAUUGAUGCAUCAAGUGACACUAAAACAACGGUUUUGGCGUGUAAAUUAAUUGAUACAUCGCGAGCCCCUAAAGAUUUUGUCCGUAAAUUUUUACCUCGUGAAUUAAAUAUAUUAAUAAAAUUAAAUCACCCGCAUAUCAUUCAUGUCCACAGCAUAUUUCAACGUAAAGCCAAAUAUUUCAUAUUUAUGCGUUUUGCUGAAAACGGUGAUCUGUUAGAAUUUAUAUUAAAACAUGGAGGUGUUGCCGAAAAUCAAGCGCGCGUUUGGUUACGCCAAAUGGCAUUAGCCAUACAAUAUUUGCACACACUAGAAUUGGCUCAUCGUGAUUUAAAAUGUGAGAAUAUUUUAAUUACGAAUAAUUUUAAUGUAAAAAUUGCUGAUUUUGGAUUUGCUCGUUCCGUAAUCGAUGUAUCUGGUAAAAGUAUUCCAAGUGAAACAUAUUGUGGUUCAUUAUCGUACGCUGCUCCAGAAAUAUUACGUGGACAACCGUAUGGACCUAAAUUGGCGGAUAUAUGGUCACUAGGUGUUGUAUUAUUUAUUAUGUUAAAUAAAGCAAUGCCAUUUGAUGACACAAAUAUUAAAAGAUUAUUUGAACAGCAAAAUAAUCGGAAAUGGCGAUUUCGAGCCAAAGUCAUUGAUAUAUUGAGUGUUGAGGUGAAAAAGUUAGUAACAGCAAUGUUGGAACCAGAUAUAAAACGUCGUUAUCGUAUCGAACAAAUUAUUGCAUGUGAGUGGUUAGCAAUGGAUCUGAGGUUACAGAAAUUAAGCCCAGCGGAACAGAGUGCAAUUGCUCAAGCCGAAGAGGAAAAUAAACAACGUAUUGAGCCUCUUUCUGACAGACCAAAAGUUUCUAAGCCAUCGCGCCCUCUUCCUAAGCCGAAAGAAGAAGAACGAAUGAUACUCUCAGAACGCCAAAAUAUGAGUAAGCUUCUAUCGGACAACCUCACAUCAAAAGAAUCAAAGCAGAAUAAUCACAGAGAAAGUGUCGAUGAUGAAUCAGAUGGAAUAAAAUUGGGGCGGAUUAUUCAAUAA